AUGUCUAAAAUUGCGUCUACAUUUUCGCGCCUGGUGCGCUUCGUGCCCAAGUCGAGCCCCGCCAAGGUUCUGAUCGGAGAGCCCGUCGAUCCCCAGCUGGAUAUCGGAUUGGCCGUGUACCAGGGCAAGGAAGUCUCCGUGCGUCCUUUCUCGGGCUCGUCAGUCCUGAAUCCAGGUACCGCGACGGGCUUGACGGAGACGAUCGAGCGCAUUCUGUCCCCUCUGGCCCAGUCCGAGGUCGGAUCGAUCCGAUGCAUUGGUCUGAACUAUGUCUCGCACGCCAAAGAGAUGUCUCUCGCUAUCCCGGACGUGCCGACCCUGUUCAUCAAGCCAAGCACCGCGCUGGCUGAUCCAUUCCCCGCACCGACUGUUCUGCCUAAGAUCACUCAGCAGGAUGGCACAGGUGACUACGAGUCCGAGAUGGUCAUUGUUAUCGGCAAGGAUGCCAAGGACGUGCCCGAGUCCGAGGCCCUUGACUAUGUUCUGGGCUACACUGCCGCCAACGAUGUAUCCAGUCGCACUUCUCAGAUGAACCAGAGCCAGUGGUGCUUCUCCAAGGGCUUUGAUGGCUCAUGCCCAAUUGGACCCGUCCUUGUUUCUGCGGCCCUGGUGCCCGAUGCCAGCAAGUUUCAGAUCCGCGGUUUGAAGAGCGGACGUGUCAUGCAGGACUGCCCCUUGACUGACCUGAUCUUCAGCGUCCCGCAGCUGGUCAGCUUCCUUUCCCAAGGCACUACUCUGCCCGCCGGUACCAUCAUUCUCACCGGCACCCCGCCCGGUGUUGGUGCUGCUAAGAAGCCCCAGGAGUUCAUUAAGGCCGGAGAUGAGUUUGCCGUGGAGCUGCUCCCGCACGUCGGAACUCUCAUCAACAAGAUUGAAAACCAAUGA